CGGCUCCGCGCUGCAAUGUGUGGGGCGCGGGAUGCCGCUGCCCUCGCGGCGGUCUGGGUGGGAGGCCCCGCGGCAGGCGCCGCGCCGCCCUGUCGUUCGCCGUCAGUCGGGGGAGACGGCGUGGAGGGUCCGCACUGGAGGGUCUGGACUCGGGGAACGAAGCGAAGCCCGCCGAAGAUCCGACGGGGACGGAGCGCGCCCCUGGGGCGCCUGUGGGGCGGGGCGAGCGUGGAAGCUUCCCCCGCGCGGAACGCCGGGGCGGAGGGCGUCCGGACCUGCGGGGUCUGGGCUGGGGUCUUUUCCUCCCCAGCGCCCAGCGGUCUGCCGAGAGGCGGCCGCGCGUUCUGCCAUCCCUGUCUACCCGCCUGCCCGUCCGCAGGAGACAGCCUUUUCUUUAUUAGGCGACCGGCCCAGUCUGGAGGCUCCGAGGGCCCCCAUCUACAGAGGAAAAGCGGGGGGAGGGAGACUGAGACGUCGUGGGUUCCACCUUCUCCAUCACUGGGCCUGACGGCCAGGCCACACUUUCCAUUCCUGUUCCUCCAGAGCCCGUUUGACUGCCAAGUCCGCCUCUCUCUUCCCGUUCCCACGCGCCAACAUCUUGUUCUCUCCUGCAUCCCUUAUUCCUUUCCUUUUUGUAAGUUACAGAUGGACAGAUCCAAACUCUGCUGCAUAAGCCUUAAUGUCAGAUCAUUCACAUGGGAUUUUCUUUCCUUCUUAAACCUCAGAAAUACUCAUCCUAGACAGAGAAGUGUACACUUAUUUCACACUUUUAGCAGGUCAGUAUGCUGAUCUUUUAGUACAGCAAUAACUCAAAUGCUGUUUUAUAAACAAAAGCCUUUAUUUUAACUACAAUUGAAGAUAUUUGUGCUGCCAAGCUAGGCUGAUAGAAUCCUAGGGGAAAAACUAUUCUCUUUCCUAUUGUUUUCACCUGGAUUUAGUAAUUCGUAUUAUAACGUUUGGAUGAGAAUUAUAUGCCUUAUGCUUUCUCUUUUCGAGUGUGAGACGAAAUAAAAGUGUGUCUGUAUCUGUAGUCACAUUCAAUAGAAAAAAAAUACCUAAAUAUUGGCAAAACAAGGCAAGUCAGAAAUUUUACUUUCUGCUACUGC